CAAGUGCGUACGAUGGACAAGGCCGAGAAUGACAUGCACGUUCAGGACACGGCGACCGACGCGGCCUCCUGCAAACUGUCCGCCGUGACUCUUGGCUAUUGGGAUGAUGCAUUUGCAGGCAGGUUUGCGAAGCCCAACAGGAAGAUGCCCAUUAUCAAUAGAGGGUACUACGCUCGAGUACGAAGCAUUGAAGUCCUCGUCCACCGUUUCCUGGCCGCCACGGCCCCAGCGUCCAGCGUGAACAGCGAAUCAACUCCACCCCUUUCACAUACGCGGCAGAUCGUCGUGCUCGGUGCAGGUCAAGACUCCAUGUACUUUCGACUGAAAACGCGCAACGACGUCGAGGGCACCGCGCUGUUACUUCGAACGUUGUACGUGGAGGUCGAUUUUCCCGCCAUCACGCGCGCCAAGGUCCGCCUCUGUCGGCGGCAUAAAGACCUGUCGAACGUAUUUGGAACAGUCGAAACGAGUAGCGACAUGGAACUCACGGCCAGUGGAUACGCUCUCCUCGCGUGCGACUUGAGAGACGUGGCCACCGCCCAAUCCAAGCUGCUCGCAGCUGGCAUCGAUCCGUCCAUUCCAACGCUGAUUCUGUCGGAAUGCGUUUUGUGCUACAUGGACGCGGCAGAUUCCGCGCCGCUACUCCAGUGGUUUGGCACUGCCUUUCGCGACGCGUCCGUCAUUGUGUACGAGCAAAUCCGACCGAACGACGCGUUUGGGCAGACCAUGGUGCAAAACAUCCGCAUGCGCGGCUGCGACCUCAAGAGCAUUUCGACGUAUCCCGACGCAGUGGACCAGGUCCGCCGGUUCCGCGACGCCGGAUUUGCACAAUCCGAAUGCUGGGAUAUGAACCAAGUGUACUAUGGGUUUCUCGACCCCGUCGAGCGCAAGCAGAAGGAGCGGCUCGAAAUGUUUGACGAGCUCGAAGAAUUCCAUCUCUUGCAAGCUCACUACUGCCUCGUGGUCGCGUCCACCCAGCAAACGACCCCCGCCGCCGUCGCCCUGCGCCUGGCCACGAACGCUGCCGCCGCCGAGCAUGGUAGCCAAUGCUAGGACCUCGAGUGUAGACAACGAUAUGACGUCGUCGAGAGCAUUCCACAUUGCGCGCAUCCAUCGAUACAACAAUCCAAGUCGCACGGAAUCCUCAUGCGCCGCCAUGCUAUACACGGCCGCGCU